AAAAAAACCGCCGGAUCAGCGUUUGAUUGGCAACGAUGGCUGACAUGCAAUGUUUGUCGCGUGCGACCGACCGACAGCCAACACAACGUGGAGCAGUUUCGCGGGGAUGUACAGGUUCAAUCUUUUCUCCAAUACAGUUCUGGCUUGGAUGGAGUGUGUGGCUGCAAGGAGGGAGAAGAGAGGGAAGAUCACUGGUACAUUCCGAGAUGACGGGGAAUAAAAGUGCAAAGCUCUAUUGUGAUUACGACAGAGGAUGCGUCUCGUCGGAGCCCGUGUGAUGUGCAGAUAUCCCAAUGAAUGACCGGUCGGCUGACUGCGGAGGGGAAGAGCCGGACUGUUCCUCUGGGAGUGGAGCGCCUCCCCUUUAACCGAGCUGCUGUCGGAGCUGCGCUCGCUCGCUCCACUCGCACGUCUGCCGCCGGCGCGUAGAGGAGCAGCGACGCGUCGGUGCUCUGGUUUCGUUCCAGAGAAGCUGAUCCUUUUCUCUUUUUUCUCAACUUGUUCCUUUUUUUUGUGGAAGAAAAGGCGUGGGAAGUUGUUUUUUGUGUUUCUUUUUUCUGUGUCGUUUUUUAUUGUCCGCGACAUGAAGAAACGCGGAAUAAAGCAUCCAAAGUGGCAGCAGUAGCCUCCUGCUCUCUCUCUCCACCACACACCAGCACGUUUGGAAGCCGAGCAGUAAUGGCCAAGUGGCUGAAGGACUACCUGAGCUUUGGCAGCAGGAAAGUGCCCCCGCAGCCCCCCACGCCAGACUACACCGAGAGCGAGAUCCUCAAAGCGUACCGACUCCAGAGGGACUUGGACUUCGAGGAUCCAUAUGAGGAGUCCGAGAGCAGAUCCAGGGGGGAUUCUGGGACCCCUGACCCCGCCACACCGGUGUACGGCUCUCCCAUGAAGUCGUCCAGUGUGGACGGGAAGUCUCCCAAGCAUAGACUGAUCAAAGUGGACUCUCAGGAGCUCGGGCGCACCAAGAUCCUCCUCAGUGCCAUCUCUAUAGAGGACCAGCAAGAGCCUGUGGUGCCUUCUGCUCCGCUGGCGGGGGACACGGACUAUUCUGAUCCGUUCGAUGCUCGAUUGGAACACCGGCUAGAGCCGGACCACGGACCUGUUCCCUGUGAGAACAACGGCUACAUGGAACCGUACGAGGCCCAGAGGGUCAUAUCAGAGCUGCAGCGUGGCCCAGGAGGAGGACGGGUGCGCGGCGGGGUACAGCUCUAUGACACUCCCUAUGAAGAUGAGCGAAGACAGCACCGGGGCCUUGUGUAUGGAGAACCUCAGGAGGAGGGCAAGGAGAGCAGCAGGCUGCCGCAAGAUGACGAGAGACCAGCUGACGAGUACGACCAACCCUGGGAAUGGAAAAAGGACCACAUCUCUAAAGCUUUUGCAGAAAUGAGGGAGUUGUCGGAGUUGCCCUGGCCUGCCCCAGUGGGUCAGCUGGAGGAGGAGCCCCCCGUCAGAGAGCAAGUACAGUUUGACGGCGCAGAGUGGGACCGCUCCUCCUCGCCCACGGAGCGCUUGCGUCCUCCAGGGCCCAGGUCCAGCCCGAUGGCAGGCGGGGGGAUGAAGUUUCGAAUGCCGCAGGAAGGCCUUUCGAUGGUGGGGGAGAGAGUGGAUGCUACUGUUCCUCUGGAGAAGCAGGUAUGGUACCACGGAUCACUGUCCCGCUCUGAGGCAGAGUCGCUGCUGACGCUGUGUAAAGAGUGUAGCUACCUGGUGAGGAACAGUCAGACCAACCGCUGCGACUUUUCCCUGUCCCUACGGAGCUGCCAGGGCUUCAUGCACAUGAAGUUCACUCAGUGUAAAGACGGCAAGUAUGUGCUGGGACAGAACAGCCCUCCCUUUGACACCAUCCCAGAGGUGAUACACUUCUACACCACACACAAACUCCCAGUGCGAGGUGCCGAGCACCUGUCCCUGCUGUUCCCUGUGCUGGUGCAGACACUCUGACUGACCCCGACGCUCCCACUGGACCUCCGGGACUUCAUUGAGCUCGGACACUUAAAACUUUGAAUGUUUGACUGGAUCGUCCCAGCGGAGUGACGCCAAAAGUCGUCCUGUUUGGGACCGGACUGCUUUUGAUGAUUCAACACACCACGGGGCUAAUGCCUUCACCCCCAACUGCUGUCGUACCUGUGCCAAGUGUCCCUAACAUCCGGGGGGAUUGAUUCACAUGAAAUGCAAUACCUGAACUUUAGGCCACCUGUGUUGUAACGUCUCUCUCUCAUAUCCUUUGCUGAAACAAGGUGUUCUAACGUCAGGACAUCUGAAAUUCUCCCUUUCCUUGUUACAUUUCCCUCACAGCUGACUGAAAUGCAGAGUAAGUCAGUGGAGCUGGAAAUGGGAGAGUCUGUGCAGUCUGAGUUUACAGAAGGCCUGCAGAACAUCGGGAUAAAUUACUGCUGUUCCACACAAAAAACACCACCUCAUCAACAUCAUCAAAUAUUGCUGUCGUCAGGUGAAAACCUUGCAAGUUCUAUUUUGCUCAUUUUUCACGUUUCUACCAGAAUCAAUGAAUUGAAUUGUACUGUAUAGGGUGAGAAACCUUGGUCAUCCUCGGGGCUCAGAAAACCUGAUUGUAAAUGUUCGCCAAAAAAAAGAAGAAAAAACAGCUAUUUUUGAAGAGGAAAGGUUUUUACCAACAGCAGUGAUAUUUCAGAUGCUUAUCCACACAAAGCCACGUAGUUAAUUUUCAUCCAGUCUCUUGUCUGCUGUCUUGCUGCUGUAUGUUGACAAUUUGCUUGACACAUCUUGUCCUGUUACUUGUUGAUUGUUCAUCGUAAGCAACAGAGAAGCUGUGUUGUACUGGUGCUUGUGCUGACCUUGCUGACCUGUCCCUCUUGUUGGUUGCCUACGUUGCAUUAGGUAGACAAUGCUGGGUUUGUAAAAAAAAAAAAAAAAAUUAACCAUCACUGCUUUCAUUGUCUUUUCACUGACAUAAAGAAAAGACAAGUUUAGACGCUGGGCUGCAGGCUACAUCUGAAGCAAACAGAUACUGACCAGGAAACGUUGUACACUCUUAAACAAACUCUCAAACUUUGUGAAUGUCGGCCACAUUCUCACACUUCCUACGUUUUUCAUCACAGUUUUUUCGUCUGGCCAAAUCCUUACAUGCUGGCUGCUGAGUCGUAUUUGAGUUAAAUGCUCGCCAUCUGGAAUGGGUCUCCACGUCUGCUGCCUGGUUGCAGUGUUGUGUGGCAAAUACGGAUUUUAGACGACAGCCAAUUUCUACCAAAACACAUUUAUGACCAUUAGAAAUGACAAACAUGAAAAAAAUAUUCAAAUCAUUGUGUCUUUAUGGAAAUGUAUUUGCCUGUGUUGCAUUAAUUAUUGUUGUUUUGGCCAUUUUCUGUCUGUAGUAAAAGAUGACAGGUUGCAUAAUUUACCUGCUGUGUUGAA